AUGAACGAUGAGGCCGGAUCGUCUCGAGCUCCACAGCGCCAGAAUGAUGCUGCAUCCCACCUGGCCGACCUGGAGGAUGCCUUAGCACGCUUUGAGGAGGCUGAACAGCGCGAGAAGGACAAGGCAACCAAGCAGAGAAGACUGGAUGCGAAGAGGAAGCGCAUCCAGAUGUUGGGCGAGCUUCUGCGCGACUUGGACAUGGUCGUCUACCUGGAACUCAUCACACUCUACCACUUGGACUGCUCAUUCUUCUGGCUUCUGUUCAAGACCUUUACACAUGGCUUUCUACUGACGCCGAUCCCCGACACCGCGACCCUCACCCGCCCACCAGACGAACCGCGGCCUUUUCUACCGCUGCUCCUGUUUUCGUUUGGAGUCAAUUUCCUCCUGCAUCUUACCUAUCCCGCGCCUUCGGCUGGCGAGGACACCCGAGGCUAUCUGCAUGGCGGCUUGAUGAUAGACUUCAUCGGGCAGCAGGGACCCACGAGCAGGUGGAAGCUUGGGGCCCUUGACAUGUGCAUCUUGUUCCUGCAGCUCGUUAUGGUCUCGGUACACGUCAAGAGGCGGGAGCUGAAGAAGAAGCUAGCGAAGCUGUCAGCUGGUGGGGGUGCACCAAGCACCACUACCACUACCACCAACACCCGAACCACGUCAGACUCGGCAGCGGUGAAUGACAACGCGGCCCGGGACCAAGAUGCCGAUGACGAGGAGCGAGGUGUGCUACACCGAACCGAUACUUUGUCGGAUUUGGGCAUAGAUCCUGACAACGAGGAGGAUGCCCUGUUGCCAUCCUCUGAGUCUGGCCAUAUGGACGCUGUUGAACUUCUCAGUUCCGGUCAAUGUGUAAUUGGUGACUUUACUCUCAUCGAUACCCUCCUUCAGGAAAACAGGGAUUACUCGGCUUACCGCCUAACGCGCACCGAAAGCGGCAACAACGACAUGCCCGAGACGCUGCGGCGGCUCAAUACGUUGCGAACUCGGUUCGGUGUGGGUGGCGGAUGA